AUGUUUCCAAUAGUAUGGACACCAUUGCGUGGCAGUCCUGUUGAUAUCCCCGAGAAUGCUCGUUGGGAACAACAUGGUAUUGUUGUUGCUGGAGGAUAUGGAGAAGGUAAUGGAACGAAUCAAUUCAAAAGUCCAGAAGGUUUAUUUUUGGACGAUGAAGAAAACCUUUGGAUUGCUGAUGAACUUAAUCAUCGUAUUAUGAAAUGGAAAGUCAAUGCAACAACUGGUCAAGUCGUCGCUGGAGGAAAUGGAAGAGGAAAUGAACUCAUCAUGGUUCGAUGGCCUCGUCAAAAUGGUACAAGUGGAACUACGAUUAUAUCGCACGUUGAUUGCUGGGGUUUGACCAUGGAUGAAAGUGGCUUUCUCUAUGUUAGUCUCUCCAGUGAACAUGCGGUGAGACGAUAUGGAAGGGCAGAUUCUGAAGGAACAGUAGUUGCAGGUGGCAAUGGAAAGGGAAGUGAUCUCAAUCAACUCAAUCGACCAUCCUACGUAUUUGUCGAUCGAGAUCGUUCAGUGUACAUCACUGACCUUUACAACGAUCGUGUAAUGAAAUGGGAAAAAAAUGCUAAAUCAGGUCUUGUUGUUGCUGGUGGUCAUGGAUCAGGAAGUAGUCUUGAACAACUUCACACCCCACGAGGAGUUGUUGUUGAUCAAUCAGGUACUCUUUAUGUGGCUGACGAUAACAAUGAUCGAAUUAUGCGUUGGAGUGAAGGAGCUACACAGGGCAGUGUUGUUAUUGAUGUUGAAUUUCGAGCAGCAUAUGAGUCAUUAAUAAAUAUAACAGCUGAACAACAUGAUAUUUGUUGCUGUAUUAUGAUCAAUAAUUCGGGUUCAAUGUCACUUUUUCGAAAUUCAAUAUAUGAAUGUAUUGUCAUUUUAUUGGAACUAUUAAGAAAAUUAGAAGCGAGAUUUGUCGUUGCACGAUAUGAUGAUCGAAAUAAUCAUAAAAAAUCUUAA